AUGGCGGCGAGCGACGUGGGGCAGCGCGCACUCGAGUACUCUGCCCCGGAGGGCGAGGCCGCUGGCCAGGCGAGGUACGAGCGGCUGCCAUCGCCCAUGCGGGAGGCGCUGCUCCCUUUCCAGCGCGAGGGGGUCCGCUUCGCCCUCUCUCACGGCGGGCGGGUGCUUUUGGCGGACGAGAUGGGGUUGGGAAAGAGCGUGCAGGCGCUCAGCGUCGCCCUCUGCUACCGCGACGAGUGGCCGCUGCUCGUCGUCUGCCCAAAGUCUCUCUGUGGCAACUGGCUCGCCGAGCUGCGCCGCUGGCUCCCCCUCGUUUGCAGCGCGCCGCUCGCGCCCGCCGCCGCCUCCGCCCCAGGCGGCGAAGCUCUGGUCGAGAGCGGCAAGGAUUCGCUCUCGGGCGGGUGCGGUGUGGUGGUCAUCUCGUACGACCUCGCGGUCCGGCGCGCGGCGGAGCUGCGCGCGGCCGGCUUCGGCGUGGCGAUCGCAGACGAGAGCCACGCGCUCAAGGAGCCCGAGUCGCAGCGCUCGAAGGCGCUGCUGCCGCUGCUGGGAGGCGUGCGCAGGCUCGUCCUCGUCUCGGGCACGCCGUCGCCCUCCCGGCCGGCGGAGAUCUUCACUCAGGCGAAGCUGCUGCGGCCCGGGAUCUUCGGCCGCCGGCAGGACUUCGAGCGGCGGUACGCCGCCGCACACCAGGGGCGGUUCGGCUGGGACGCUAAGGGCGCGAGCCAUGUGAAGGAGCUCCACGCCGUGCUGACGCACGCGCUGAUGGUGCGACGCACAAAGGCGGAGGUGCAGUCGCAGCUGCCGCCAAAGGUGCGAGAGGUGCUGCUGAUCGAUGCGCCCGAGGCUGCGCGCGCGUGGGCUCGAGUCGAGGCGGAGCGAGCGGCGGGCCCGGCCAAGGAGCACUCGGCGGAGAUGACGCUCGCCUACAUGGAGACGGGGCGCGCGAAGGCGGCGGCGGUGGCGGACCACGUCGCGAGGCUGCUUGCCGCGCCGGGGCGGCGCAAGCUGCUGCUCUUUGGCCACCACAAGGCGGUGCUCGACUUGUGGGAGGAGCGGCUGCGCGGCGUGUGCAGCCACGUGCGGAUCGACGGCGAGGUGCCGCACGAGGCGCGCGACUACCGCGUGGCGACCUUCCAAGGCGACCCGGCCGUACGGCUGGCGAUCCUCUCGAUCCGGGUGGCCUCGCAUGGCUUCACGCUCACCGCGGCCAGCGUCGUGGUCUUCGGAGAGCUGGCGUGGAACGCGUCCGACCUCGCGCAGGCGGAGGACCGCGCUCACCGCAUCUCGCAGCUCGCGGAGCGCGUGCAAGUCUUCUACUGCAUCGCGCGCGGCUCCGUCGAUGAGGUGAUGUGGCGCCUCGUCGAGAAGAAGUUGCAGGUCACCUCGUCGCUGAUGUCCGGC